AAAAAAAAAAAAAAAAAAAUCGAUCAAGAGAUGUGGCUAAGAAAAAAUCCUUAACACGUUUCUGUAUGCAUCUAUGCGAGAUCAUCUAAUAUGGGAGAAUGGUUGGUCAUAGAAUUAUUACGCUGAUAUUCUUUCUAGCAGCAUGGCACAAAGCAGCAACUUUAGUGCCAGUAAGAUCUGUGGCCGUAGAUAUAGGUCAAAAUUUAACAUUAGCAUGUGCAGAAGAAGAUGCACUGCCACAAACAGGAGAAUCCAUUGGGGUCAUGUGGAUAAGGGAAGGACGAGAAGAUGGACAAAUUGAAAGAUUAAAAGUUGAGCCUAAUGGAGCUUUGGAACUUAUUAAUGUUAGUGCACAUGAUGCUGGAAACUAUUCAUGCACUUUAGAUGAUGAUCAUGAUGCUGUUAAAACUAGAAUUAAUGUACAAGUUAGAACUCCUCCUCCAGCUUUACAUAAUGUAUGGGUUAAACCAUCAACAAUAUUGGCAAAUAUUCUUUGGGAAGUAGCUGGCACAGGUGGUUAUCCUAUCAUAGAUUUCACUGCCGAAUAUCGUCUUAAACCGAAUGAGGGUGAAGAACCAGAAGACUGGAAACCUAUUCUCCCAACGCACAUUCCUCCAAAUUCUAGGCAAAUUGAUGUGUAUCACUUGGUGCCAAACACUACCUAUUCUUUUCGAGUAUGGGCAACAAAUCAAUUAGGAAGAGGAGACAUUGUUGAGGUUGAUGGUCAUACUCAUCAUAGUAUUGAAGAAUUGGAACUUGCAAGACAUCUCUUAGCAGGUGUAGAAAAUUUUGAUACUCGUGUCUGGGUGGCAGCAGUAGGCAUAGUUAUGGGUACACUUAUGAUUCUUGGUAUAGGUACUUGUUACCUCCUCUAUCGUGAGUGCAAAGUACCCUCGCAGCUGGAGGAGCAGGAAGUGAUUGAACUUGUACCAAAUAUCAUUCUGAAUCCAGGAUUUUUCGACGAAAGAACAGAACACAUUCCACAAGAUGAAAAUUUUAAUAACCAAACCACUACACGCUUAAACAAUAAUAGCGUUGUGCAACCUAUGCGACUUUAGCGAUUAAAUAUUUAGAUUUCUGUGGCUAAUUUUUAUUAACAAGUGGCUUGAGCACAAUUUAUGUGUCACCUUAAACGUAAGUAACUGGAAUUAUAAGAGGCCUCGAAUCCGCCAAAUGUCACGAAGCGUAGACUCAAAUAUGCGAUGAAAAUGAUAAUUAUGCAAAGAGGAAAUUUAUGUUUAUAGUCAGAAAAUCGUAAAAUGCAUCAUAAAUUUCGAAUAUUCUAAGGAAGUAAAUUUUUCACUUACAAUACAAUGUAAAGUGUUCAAAGCAUAUGUAAGACUCUGCUAGGUUUUGUGAAAUGAAGUAGCACAUUUUUGAGAAUGUUUAUCAGGAUGUUCUAAUUAAAAUUCAAUGUUAUUGCUCAGUAAUCGAGCUUAAACUCAAGAACUCCUGUAAUCGAAAAAAAAAGAUUAUUCUUAGUAAGACUGUAAUUCUAAGAACAAAAGACAAAAUUUCCAAGAAACUAAAAUCAUACGACAUUAAUAUUAAGUGGUGAAUCUUUCUCUUAUAUCCUGCAUGAACAUGUUUUUUACACAAUUAUUUUUAACCAUUAUCUAAUGAAAAUGAAAUUUUAAUGGACAAUAUCAUGCAGGAAGUAAGAUUUUUGCUAACAACACAUUCAAUCAUUCAAUAAAUAAAUUUUGUCAAAUACAAGGUAUGAUAAAGGCUUGCUUACUGCCGUUUUAAGGUGUGCAGAAGUCAUUGGUAAAAAAGUUCCUUUUGCGUAUCUUUAUAAAAGUUUUUUUUUAUUUAUUAUUAUUAUAAGAAUGAUUUUUUUUUUAGAUAAUAUUUUCUUCCAAAAUAAUUAAUAUUACAAAAAUUAAUGCACCAUAUACUCUUUCUGGAAAAAUCCUGCGAAUCAGAGAAUGUAAUAUAAAAAUCAUAUAUAAUUAGAAAAGUCAUUUUAUAUUUAUGUUCUUUCUAAUAAUAUUAUAUUUCUCAUAUUUUUAAUUUUGCAUGUGAUCAUUCAAAUAUGUCUAAUACUUCAACAUGCUUUUGCACUACCUUAAUAACAAAUGCAAUAUCCACUGCUAUUAUAAAAAGCUAUAAAAUCAAAUUUCAUCAAAAAUAAAUUUUAACAAAUAUGAGAUUGCACAAUUCCGAUGAACAAUAAAUUUCAGUACAUAAACUUUUUUAGAAAAGUUAAAAACACUCAUUAAAGCAUUAUAAUAUCUAGCAAGUAAGAAUUAUUCAUAAACUUCAUAUAUUUGGUUAAAUUCAUUCCAUUCAGAUUAGUAGUAAAUAUAGGACAAAAUAGAAUAAGUUAAAAUAUUUUGGAUAUCAUCUUUGAUAGAAUCAAGUUUAAUAAUCAAUUGUUAAAAUAGAUCUUUUCCAAAUAUUAAUUUGUUAUGAGAAAUAUCAUCUCAUUCAAAUUACAUACAAAAUUUAACUUAGUCAAUCAAUAAGGUUGAUGAUUUUGAUAAAAGUUCUUCCUGUACAAACAAAUACAUAAUUAUUUUCCACAAUUUACACGUAGUACCAUAUCAGAAUUCAUCAUUAUGUAAAAAGUAUAUUAAAGUAUAUAAAGAUAAUAAUAAUGAGUGCUUAGUGUUGAAGCUUUUUUUAAAAAUUACAAAUAAAAUAGAUUUAUAGUUAUAUUACUUUUUUAAAUGAAAUUUUUCUCAGGAAAGAAGAUAAAUUUUAUUUAUUCUUCUUUUAUUAUUUUUUGUUAAUUAAUUUUGAUUAAAACACCUUAAGUGAUGGAUGUGGAAAUGGUUGUGGAAAUUGAUUCUCGUAUCUAUUAGUCUUUCAUGUGUUACUAGUAAAGCUCAUAAUAUAAGAAACAUAAUACCUUAACAAUUCUACUUAAAAUAAUUAUAUAAGUUAAAUAUUGCUUUUGUCAAUGUAAGAGAUACUGACAAAAAGCAAUUUGGUGCACGCAGGUUGUAUAAAUAUUGGUUGUGCGUUGUUACAUUGAAGCUUUGUGAUCUGUUCCUCUCUAAAAUAUAAUCUUAUAGGGAUGAAUAGAUUCAAUUCGGCUUCGUACUAUGCACUCUGUGUUGUGAAUGGUAUAUAUACGCGCUAAUGAAGAAAUAAUACGAUAACAAUAAUGAUAACAAUAUAAAUAUAUAUAUAUUUAUAUAGCCGAGGCAUCAUAAUAUUUUAGCUAUAAGCAAAGACAAUUUUUUAUAUAAAUUAAUAAUAAUGCUGAAAUGCAAUGAUGAAUAUUUAUCUACAUAUUCAUAUAUUUGGGUAAUUUUGUGCUAUGAUAUCGAGCUUCAAAAGUGAUCUAGUAGACGCUCAUUAAGAGUAUUUCAUGUAGAAUAUCAUGUUCCUCUUUCCAUUUAGAAGAGUCAUGUUUUUUAUUUUCUUUUUAAAAAAUUACAUAAAAUAAUCUUCAUAUAAAUCUUAUUCAAUGUAUAUUAUUUUUGCAAACUAAUAAUGAUUUUAAUAUUAUUUUCCUAUGAAAAUAAUUUUUUCUUUCUUCAUUUAAAAAAGUAAUACAUCAUAUUACUUUAAAACAUGACUCUUUAUUCUAUCAUGCACAUUCAAACUAUAAUCACUUGUUUCUUCUGAAAAAUAUAAAUAUAUAUUUCUGCUGAAAUAUAUAACAAUAAAUGUAUUGUAAUUUAAAUAUUUAACUGUCUCUAUCAAAGCUGUCUGGUGAAGGCAUAGAUUUUGCAUUUAGCGGCAUUAAUAAUGUGGUAAAGCCUGAUAAAAAAAAGAAGUAUAAAUGUUACUUGAUAUAUAAAAUGGAAAAUUAUUCUUAUAACUAUCAGCUGCUAUGAAAACUAAUAAUAAAAUUUAAUCCUUUGAUUUUAGAAUUCUGCCAUUGUAUACCAUAGAUUUGCAUAUCUACUUAUAAACAGUCAUAAAAUAAUUUCAAUUAUAUUAGAAAUACAAUCAAUAAAAUAAUAUCAUUAAGAUCAAGAUAAAUAGUAAGAUAAUUAUGAUUUUUUAAUUAAAUAAUCUUUUUAAUAAAAUAAUCUUUUUAAUUAAAUAAUAUUAUAUAAAAUAUUAAUUUUCUGUAAAUUAAGUAUUUAAAAUUAAUUAUGAUAUUAACAAACUUAUUAUUAUCUUAUUAUUAAGUUAAAUUUUAUCAUAUAAUAUUUUUAUCUUCCUAUACAAAAAAAUGAUCAAAGAUUAUAAUGAUGUAAAAUAGAUAUAUUUUUAUGAAGUAGACAUUACAGUAUUGUAAAGUUAAAUUUAUAACUACAAUGAUAAUGGCAGAUUUUUAUGUUAUACUAUAAAUUAUACAAAAUUGAUAAAAAAAUUUUUAAUCUGUUUCUAAUCAAGACUGCUUUUCUUCAUCUAAUUCUUAUUUCUUUCAUUUUAUUCUCUUUUGCAUUGAUAAUCAUACAAAUAUAAAGCUAUUAAGCAUGUGCAUAACAUUAUACCUUUUGUAGUAAAAUAUAUUGCAUUAAUAUAUUUACUUCACAUAACACAUUCAUAUGAAAUAUAUUAAGUACAGCACAAUAUAAUAGAAUAGUAUAAUGGUUGCUGGUGGCACCAUGAAUCGUCCCUAACAUACAUAUUGCUUGCCUAUGACAUGUGAGAAGAAUAAGAAAUUUUUGUAGUAUGUAGUUUUUACAAAAAGCUUUUCAAAUUGCUUGUUGUAUUCUUUUUUACAAAAAACUCAUUUAAUUAUAUGAGAUUUUUUAAAUUAUAUAUGUAUUUACAAAUCAUAUUUGUAAAUACUAAUCAUCAUUUUUAAAUUCUUUUACUUUUUGUAAAAACUACACAUCUGUCGUAUCAUUACCUACUAGACUAAUAAUGUUAGUUUAACAUCCUUAUAUUAAGUGAUGGUAAAAGAGAUUUAAACAAUAUCUCCAUAAAUAAUGUUAUAGCGAAUAAGUAUUAAUCUUGGUAUUAAUUAUGCAAUAUUCAGUUAUAGAUUAGCUAAAUAUUUUUGGUAAUUUCUUUACAUGAUUAUUUAUUUUGUAAAAAAAUCGAAAAAACAAAAACAUGUUAGAAUCGAAAUUUGUAUAUAGUAUUCGCAUUAUUGUUUUGUUUUUAUAUUUUGUUCAUAUUUUAUAAAAUGUUAAAUAUGAUUGAUUCAUUAAUUUACUUUAUUUACAUUAAUUUUAUUAUAUAUGUGAGCGCGCGUGUGUGUGUGUCUUAAAUUAAAAUAAUUCUAUAUGCAUAUUGUUCGUGCUAAAUCAGCAUUAUUUUUAGUUUUAAUCUAUACAUAUAACAUAUAAAUUGAUUCCACUGUCAUAAUGUGUAAAAAAAAAUUUUCCUAAUAUCAAUAUGUUCAUAGUUUAUUUUAUGAACUAUGAACAAUGCACAUUCCAUCACGUACAAAUAUUACAUUAAAAGAUAAAAAUACAAAAAUAUAAAUGCUUGGGUUAAAAAUUGUUUAAGUAUUUUUAUGGAGAAAAUAAAGAAAGUCAAGGUUGUGCUUGAAUGUCUGAUACUCAUUAGUUAAUAUACAUAUAUUUAGCUUUCAUACAAUCAGAAAACAAAUAUUAGUUACAUAUCAAAGAGAAUAGAGCAAAUUAGUUUAGUCACUUUUUCACCUAAAUACUGAUUGCAAUCAUCAAAUAUGAACUAUAUUGACUGCUAUAUCUUGUUAAUUUUUAUAAUAGUUGUUAAAAAUGUUUAUAAAAAUAUUUAAAUAAUUGAAUGAAUUAUCUUAUAAUAUUAAUAUUAUGAAAAUAAUUUGAUGUACUAAUUGUAUUAUUUUAUUAUAUAUGAUUUAUUUAUUGAAUGAAUGUACUAAAUAUAUUAAAUUGCAAUCAGAAAUAAUUCUAAUAUAUUUUUUUUAAGUGUUUAUUAAUUAUAGUAUUUUACAUACCAUUGUAUUAUCAUAGCAGUAUACAUGACCAGCAUACUUAAUAAUGUAUGUAUUAUAUAAUUCUAAUUCUAUAUCAUCACAAUGGUUGUCACAAUGGUUGUCAUUAUAAUCAUCAUAUUUCAUAUAAGAAAUCAUUGAUUUAUUUAUAAAAAUCAUUAAAAAUAUUAAUACAAUAAAUAAUCAUUCAUAC